GGUGCUGCUGCUGCUCGGUGCCGGAGAAUACAGUAAAAUAAGAUGGCCGGAACGCAGCGAACCUUCACCGUAAUGGUGGCACUGCUGUUGGCCACGCUGGCCAACGGACACUCGGAUACGACCAGCGUACAUUUGACGAAGGACAACUUUCAGACGGAGGUCGAUGGUGCCAACUACUUCGUGAUGUUCUACGCACCAUGGUGCGACUACUGCAAGAAGCUGGCCCCAACCUGGGCCUCCCUGGCCGAGGCACGCAACGGCGAUGCGGACGGGGUGGUAAAGAUUGGCCGGGUCGACUGUACGACCGAUGGUGAUCUUUGCACGCAGCACGACAUUACCGGCUACCCGAUGCUGAAGCUGUUCCGGAAGGGUGGAUCGGGCGGUGACGGCGGCACCAAGUACCGGGGCGGUCGCGAUCUUGCCCAGUUUAACGCGUUCCUCGACGAGCAGCUAGCGACGGCAGCCGGCGAGGGUGCUAAGGAGGGGGCGGAUAGUUCGCAGGAGGAUGGCGGCCUGCCGGACGCACCGCCAACCCCCGUAUCGCCGCUAACCGAGCUGACCGAGGACACGUUCGCGAAACACGUCUCGAGCGGGAAGCAUUUUGUGAAGUUCUACGCCCCGUGGUGCGGCCACUGUACGAAGCUUGCACCGACCUGGGAGGAGUUGGCCCGCAGCCUGGAGCACGAGCGUGAUAUCCGUGUGUCGAAGAUCGAUUGCACCCAGUACCGGCCGAUCUGUACGGACUUUGAGGUGAAGGGCUACCCGACGCUGCUGUGGAUCGAGGAUGGCAAGAAGAUUGAGAAGUACACCGGACCCCGGACCCAUGCCGAUCUGAAGCAGUACGUGUCCCGGAUGGCCGGUGGGCUGAAGGAGGAGCAGGAGGCCGGCGGGCAGCAGCAGGGCGACAAGAAGAAGGAGGAAGGCACACUGGAGGGUGGUGCUGAGCGGGAGGACAAUCGGUCGGUGGUGGUGCAGCUGAGCGAGGGCGAUUUUGCGCACGCUAUCGCGAAGGGUGUGACGGUGGUAAAGUUUUACGCACCCUGGUGCGGACACUGUAUGCGGCUCGCACCGACCUGGGAGCAGCUGGCGGAGAAGCUGGCCGCCCGGGACGACGUGAAGAUAGCGAAGGUCGACUGUACGGUCGAUGCGAACAAGGAGCUGUGCGGCGAGCAGGAGGUAAACGGGUAUCCGACCGUCUUUCUGUACCGCGAGGGUGAAAAGGUGACGGAGUACUUUGGCCAUCGGUCGCUGGACGAUUUGCACGAGUUCGUGAUGCAGCAUCUGCAGGACCAGGGUGGAUCACACGAUGAGCUGUAG